AUGGUGGACCCGGAGGCUGCCAUCAACAGCCAGAUCAACCUGGAACUGUAUGCCUCCUACGUCUACCUGUCUAUGUCUUGCUACUUCGACCGGGAUGAUGUGGCUCUGAGGAACUUUGCCAAAUACUUUCUCCACCAAUCUCAUGAGGAAAGGGAACACUCUGAGAAACUGAUGAAUCUGCAGAACGAGCGAGGCGGCCCAAUCUUCCAGCAGGAUAUCAAGAAACCAGACCGAGAUGACUGGGAGAACGGGCUGAAUGCAAUGGAGUGUGCACUGCACCUGGAAAAGAGUGUGAAUCAGUCACUCCUGGAACUGCACAAACUGGCUACUGACAAAAAUGACCCCCACUUGUGUGACUUCAUUGAGACGCAUUACCUGAAUGAGCAGGUGAAAUCCAUCAAGGAACUGGGUGACCACGUGACCAACUUGCGCAAGAUGGGAGCCCCUGAAGCUGGCAUGGCAGAAUAUCUGUUUGACCAGCACACCCUGGGACACAGUAAUCAGAGCUAAGCUGAUUUCCCCAAAGCCACAAGUGACUUUACUGGUCACUGAGGCAGUGCGUGCAUGUCGGUCUGCCUUUAUCUUUUCUAUAAGUCUCACCAAAACAUCCGCUUAAGUUCUUUCAUUUGUACCAUUUCUUUAAAUAAAGAAUUUUGGUACC